AAUGGGCGGCGCGGCCCGUUCGGUCGGAGCUGUGAGUGACGGCGGCAGCUGCGAAGCUGGAGGAAGAGCACUCUCAUGGGCUUUGCAGUCCUGAAGCGCCUGAUUCGGAGGCAACGUGAGGAGCGCGCAUACCUCCAGCACAGGGAGGACAAGAAGACUCUUCCCUCCUGUGCCUGACAGCUACCGAGGAGCGGACACCGGCGAGGGUCGAGUGGUAAGAGGAAGCAAGAGAAGAAUCCAUCUUUCAGUUUGGCACCGAUCGCUAAUUCAAAGCCCCGAAGGCUGUGGGUUCAUAGCAUGGGAGCGCAAUGUUGUCCAGGAAAGGACUCAUCCCUGAUGAUUAUUUGUUGACCCGUUUAGCUGAGGAUGUCCUGCAACCCAAGUUCAGAGCGAAACAAGGGAAGGCUAGGUUUGUCGCCAAGAACGGCACCUGCAACGUAGCGCACACCAACAUCAGAGAGCAGGGCCGAUUCUUGCAGGACGUGUUUACCACUUUAGUGGAUUUGAAAUGGCUCCACACGCUCAUCAUUUUUACCAUGUCCUUCCUGUGCAGCUGGCUCCUCUUCGGGAUGAUCUGGUGGCUUGUUGCUUUUGCGCACGGCGACCUGGACCAGAGAGGAGACGACUUUGUUCCGUGCGUAACGGACAUUCACUCCUUCUCCUCCGCAUUCCUAUUCUCCAUAGAAGUCCAGGUGACCAUCGGUUUCGGCGGUCGGAUGAUUACGGAAGAAUGCAUCUCCGCCAUUUUCAUCCUCAUAGUGCAGAACAUCGUAGGACUGGUUAUCAACGCCAUCAUGCUCGGCUGCAUCUUCAUGAAAACUGCGCAGGCCAACCGGCGCGCAGAGACUCUCAUUUUCAGCAAGCACGCCGUCAUCUCCGUCCGUAACAACAAGCUGUGCUUCAUGAUCCGCAUCGGGGACCUGAGGAAAAGUAUGAUCAUCAGCGCCACCGUGCGGAUGCAAGUGGUCAGGAAAACCACCACCGAGGAGGGCGAGAUGGUGCCACUGGACCAAAUCGACAUCCAUAUGGAUAACCCGGUGGGCACCAACGGAAUCUUCCUGGUGUCUCCCCUCAUCAUCUCCCACGUGAUCGACAAGGACAGCCCCCUAUACGAGCUGACACCCUCUGACCUGCAGAACCAGGACGUGGAGGUGAUUGUGGUGCUGGAGGGGGUUGUUGAGACUACUGGCAUCACCACGCAGGCCAGGACUUCCUACGUAUCGGAGGAGAUCCUGUGGGGGCAGCGCUUCGUGCCAACGGUGUCCGAGGAGGAUGGCAUGUAUGCGGUGGACUACUCAAAGUUCGGCAACACGGUGAAGGUCCCGACACCGUGUUGCAGCGCGAAGCAGCUGGACCAGUCAGGUGGCAUCGCUCGAUUUAAGCUGAGCGAGGGCGUCACCUUGCGGGCGUCUGUAAGAAGGCGGCGGGGCUCCGCGGUUGUCCGCAGGUCCAGAAUGGAGAGCCAGUGAGGGGCUGCUCAACCAGAAGUUUGUAUGAUGACGGUUUGCAAGACGUAAAUUUAUUUUAUUUACUGAGUGACGAUUAUCGAUAAUCCGCAUCACCUCUGCCCCACGCAGCGGAUGUAUGCACACAUCCUCUUUAACUCAGGGUCAGUGACACUGGUGGUUAUGAGAUGAUUAAGACGUGAGCCCUGGAAUCCAUGUGAAAUCCCUUUUAUAAAUAUGAGUGACUGCAUGGAUUUAAGAUGAAUAAAAUGAAUGUUCAAUGUGAAAUGUGUUGGAGGUUGAUUUACCAUAAAGGGCUAUAAGGUUUAUAUUAAAUU